GUGAAACCCUAGAAUCCUUUUUUUUUCUUCUUUCUUUGCCAAACAUAAUCCCCAGCAAGAUUUAUGGAGGCUAGUUCUUCUUCACGAAGUGUGGGUUCGAUCGGAUCUGGAGGCUAGUUCUUCCUCUUUCACUUUCUCUCUCCUUUACCUUUCCCUUUUCCCUUGCCCCUGCAAACCUAGAUCUGGGUUCUCUUUCAAACUUCAUCUUCUUCCUCCUUUCCUCCUUACUUUCCCUACUCAUCCUUCUUCUUUCUUCUUCUUAUUCUUUUUCUCUCUCUCUCUUCUCCCUUCUUUCUCUCCAAAUCUGGGUUUUUCUCAAACCCAAAUCUGGGUUUUUCUCAAACAUCACACUUAGAUUCUGCUCUUCAAACUCCAACGAUUAAGUAUUACAUCACACAAUCUCACAUCACACAACCAAAAUCAUGAUGUAGAAACAAAGCUAACACACAUUGAUCCUAGGUACAUAUGUAAAAACCUCUAGUAUAUAUAUAAAAAAAGGUAUAAAAAAACGGAACAAACCUGAGCCAAAAGCAAAUUAGCUUUGGAACAAUUUGGAUUUUUAGCUUCUAAAUUACCAUUUUGAAUUGAAUUUGUAGAUGGGGCGGAUUUCAGCUUUAGUCGGAGUAUUGUUACUAUUGGCUAUGGCCAUGGCAGUGGCUGUGCCAGAGCCACAGAAUGCCUCCUCUCCGGGCUCCUUAUUUUGGUCCACGGCCAAAGAGGAGAAAGAUUUGCUGCAAAAGUCCAACGAUUCCAACCAUGAUUCUACUUCCUAUACCCCCACCUCCGCCGCCGUUGACGACCUUGAUGGUGGCUUUUCCUCCCUCAACAGCAUGUUACAGUGGGCCAUAGGUUGCCAUCUAUACACCUCUUUUCAAAAAUUUGUUUCUAUGUUUUUACUAAGCAUUUGGUUUGGUUUGGUUGUCACUAAUUCUUCAGGUCAUUUUGAUCCGGCCAAGCUCAAGGAAACGGCUGAAGGUGUCCAGCGCCUUUCUCGCUAACAGUGGGGUAGUUCUUUCGUCAUCUUCUCGAUUCUGCAAAACCCAUAUUAAAAAACAAUCAGAUAAUUGGAUCAAAAGCAAACAAAUCUGCACUUCCAUGAAGAAUUUCAUAUGAUUGGGCUCGAAAUCACAUUUUCUUCCGAUCUAAAGGGAUAGAAUUCAACAUUUCAGUUACUCUCUUUGGAGGUAGCUAAAAAUUAGUGAGGAUGGUAGUGACGAUUGACACGAGUAAAGCACAAGCACCCAUGGGUACAAAUAUAGGGGGUUGAGAGGAAAGGAAGGUUCUAGUUAAAUAGCACUCAUAGCAAAAUCUGAGUGCGAUGUUUGAGAAAAACCCAGAUCUAAGCUUGAGAAAAACCAGAUUUGGAGAAGAAGAAGAAGGGAGAAGAGAGAGAGAGAAAGAAUAAGAAGAAGAAGAAAGAAGAAGGAUGAGCAGGGAGGAGGAAAUGAGGAAGAAGAUGAAGUUUCAGAGAGAACCCAAUCUAGGUUUGCAGAGGUAAAGGAAAAAGGAGAGAGAAAGUGAAAUAGAAAGAACAGAUGAUG